AUGACAUCAGCACUCACAACCCCCGUAUUCAUGCCCCCCUUCAACCUUUACCGCCAAAACACGCCCACUGCAACAGUGAUAUCCGCCAACCCAACCGCCACUACACUCCAAAUCGUUUGCCUGGGCCAAGAAUGUGACGGUGCAACUCUUAACAACACCGUCGUUGUGGGGCCAUGGGCUGAUAAGACCGUCGCCAAGGGCGCUGCUUCGACGGGCACGUUUCACUGGAUGGUAUCUGUGGCCGACUUUGGAAUCAGUUCAAUCGAAUGCCUUGUGAGCAGCGGAACAGCAAAGGCUUGUACAACGGCUGUUUUAGCGGAUGGGGAGGGUUUGACGAAGACUGCUACGGGUUUGGCAGAGAUCACAGGGGCGUUUGAACUAUCCUUUUCAUCGAUACCUGUUGUUAUUACUGGGGGACAGGGUUUGAUCAAAUCAACUCAGGUCAUGGCUACUGCUACGGAAGAAUCAAGCUCUGCUCGAAAUACAUGGAGUGAUAGUGCUGCGAGUGAUGAACCAACAGCUACUGGAAGCUCAACUGAUGCUUCGCCGCCACGGGAGACCAAUGGGGCAAAUUUGAGUGCUGUCCGAGUCAUUUGUGUUAUGGUUAUGGCUGGGCUGGCUUCUGCGAUUAUGCAGGCUUAG